CCAACCACGACACACGCUGAUGAUGCUGAACUGCCGCAUGUGCGUGGCAGUUCAAUCCAGUUACGUUUCACUAGCUAGCAAGUUGAGCUAAACAACUGACUAGUCAAACAUCUGAAAGUGAAUAAAAUCGUACAAAGAGAAGAUGAAGGAGAUGUCUGUCCUGUCUCUCCUCUGCUCCUGCCUGUACCCAGAGACACGCAAGAACCUGGUGGGAGAGUUCCAAGUAGCAGGCAUGGAGGUGAAGCCCAUCAACAAGCGUGCCUCUGGCCAGGCCUUUGAGGUGAUCCUGAAGCCCCCCUCUCCGGUGUCGGACACGGCUCACUGCGUCACCUCGCCUCCCAAGAAGGAUGUCUCUCUGGAGGACAUCCAGAAGAAGCUGGAGGCCGCUGAGGACCGGAGGAGAUCCCAGGAGGCCCAGGUUCUCAGGGCACUGGCAGAAAAGCGGGAGCACGAGAGGGACGUGGUGAUGAAGGCCAUGGAGGAGAACAGCAACUUCAGCAAGAUGGCAGAGGAGAAGCUGACCAUGAAGAUGGAGCAGAUCAAGGAGAAUCGCCAGGCCUACCUGGCCUGCAUCAUGGAGCGCCUGCAGGAGAAGGAGAGGCAUGCCCAGGUGGUGCGCAGGAACAAAGAGCUGAGGGAAGCGCUAACAGCGUGAGCAGACGAGGGGCGCCACAAACCAUCAUACCCCCCUACAGCCACCCUCCUGUACCCUGUACUCCUCCCUGCCCCCUCCCAAGGGACUCCCCUGACAACCCCACUUCUACAGCACCCCCAGCGUCAGAAGACCCCCCCAAGAGUGAGGAGGAGGACCCACCGGAAACCCCACACCAACAGCAUUAGCAAAUGGGGGGGAUUGCAAAAAAAUUACCAAAAUGUCGCCCACUCCUCCCUAAUAAAUAAUGUUUUUGCUCGAUUUCAAAUGCUGAAAAAAGAAAAGAUGAAAAACCAACCAAGUUAAAGUGGGUAUUGUUUUUGUAAAUACUUAUUUUUUUGUUAUAUACAGUAGGAUAGUACAGCAGAAGUAUUGCAUUGUGCCAUUUUAGCAUUUUCUCUAUCUAUGGAUGUACUUUAUUUAAUUUUUUUCUCAAACAAAAAUCGUUUGCAGUUUCUCUCGUAUUAUAAGGCUUCUGUGUUGCUGUGAGUUCGCCAGCUAGCCGACGUGCGUUUGCGCUGGUUAUCUUCUGACCAUGUCUGUUUCUGUAUCAGUCAGUCAGUCAGUCAGUCGGUGUGGGGAUGAUGAUAAUGCAGGCUGCUCAUUGACUCCCAGGAGAGAGACUAGUUAGACUUCAGGAGAAUACCAUAGCUUUUAUGAGCCGAUUCUCUCCUGUCUGUCUGAUCUCCCACUCUCUUACAUAGAGUAGUUCAUUCACACACACGCACAUACACAGACUGAGGAAUUUGGCAAACAUGACAUGUCGUUUAAGAGGAGCUUGCUAAAUUCUGUCAGUUGGGCAUCGCAGAAGUCACAUGACACCAUUGGUUCAUACCGUGAUGUCACAGAGGGGUGUUAUGGUCCUUUCUCGUUCCCAAGACCCCCCAGUGUCAUCUGUCAAUCACUCUCUCAGCAUGUACUGUAUGUACCAUCUUAGACGUGUAGAUAAUGUAAUCGUGCCUAGAAUGCUACAAGCUCAUAUAGCGAUUAACGCAUAAGCAAUGGUAGAUCACUAAGUAACAUCCAUGUCCUUAAAUAGGCUAAUGGGCCCUCUCAGCUCUUUCAUGUUGUGCCACAGAGAAACCAAGCCAAAUGCUACUACGGAGGUUUCACUCUCUCUGGAGAAUCAUAGUUUGACUCUCUCACUAUUGAGAAUGAGUCAUUGUACCGUCGUCUCUUAACUGUGUUCGGCAAACUAUGGCACAGGAGAACAAGUAGGUAACAUGUAAGACGUGAGAAAACAACCAACACACAGACAUAUAAUAACUGCUAGAAGAUCCUGACAUGACAAUGGAAGACAAAGGGUGUGUGUUUCAGUAGGGGUGGAUGGAUGUGUGUGAGAGAGUGUGUGUUUCAG